AUGGGCUUCUUUGUUUUGUUCAUCGACUCAUAUGACUCGUUUACUUACAAUGUGGUACAAUUGAUAAAAGACCAAAGAUCAGAUAUAGAGGUCAUCACCAUUCACAAUGAUUCUUUUAGCGAUUUCAAGGACCUGAAACCAUAUUUAAACUUGUUCGAUGCCAUACUGUUGGGUCCAGGACCCGGCAACCCUUGUAAUGGUUCAGAAGAUGUAGGAAUUAUUGGAGAUUUGUUUAAGAACAAGGUUGAUGUUCCUAUUCUGGGAAUUUGCUUAGGACUACAAGUCAUGUGCUAUGAGCAUGGCUGUAAGGUUGAACAACUUAAACAGAUCAGACAUGGACAAGUUUACGAAAUCGAAGUAGUCGGAAAUUCAGAGCUCUUUAAAUCUUAUGCGAAUGGUUUUAGCUCCGUCAGAUACCAUUCGUUGCAUGUUUCUGCUUUAACUAAUGAGAUUGUUCCAUUGGCUUAUACAAAGGAUGAGGAUACUUCGAUUCUCAUGGCAGCUACUGUGAAGGGUAGGCCGUGGUAUGGGGUUCAGUACCAUCCUGAAUCUUGCUGCUCUGAGUUCGGAGGAUUGCUUAUUCAGAACUUUAUCAACAUCGCUGCGAAGUACAAUGACGAGAGUUUGCGUAAGGAACAAAUACUUAUGCCCUUAAGAAAUGACAGGUCCAAAUUUGAAGAGAUGAUUCAAGUGCUGGAUAAGACUAUUGAUAAGUCGCCUAUCUAUCAAAAGAAGCCACUUUACAAUUCAAAGAUCCAGGUUGAGAAAUAUAAGAUCGGAGAGCAGCCCAUGUUGACCAAUAAGAUAUGUGAUAACAUCUCAGACCCUUUCUUUUUGUUGGCCUCAUCCUCUUUGAAACCCAGGUGUGGACAGGUAUCAGUGAUUGCUUUGCCAAACCAAAGGACCACUGUAUUCACACGGUACAACCAAUUAGGGAAAACGACAGUUCAUAAAUGGAGGGAUCCUAAGAUAUCUGUGUCUAAAUAUGCAGCUGCUUUAAAAGGAUUCGAAACUAAUGAAAAUAUAAAAGUCAUUUCAGAAGAUAAAAACCACUUCUGGAAAACAAUUGGUGAAUUUUUGAAAGAAAGAAUGAUUUCUAAUGAAGCAGAGCUACCAUUUAUAGGUGGUUUAGUUGGAAUUCUCGGGUACGAAAUGGGUCAGUACUUGCAGACUUAUUUUGAAACUAAUCUACGUCCGGAUGCUAAGCUUGCCUUCAUAGAAAACAGCAUCCUCAUUGAUCAUCUAGCGGGCACUUUGUACUUGAUUUCCUUGUCUAAUGAUUUCCCUUCUUCUAUUAAGACCUCAGUUCAAAAUACUUUACAAGAAGUGAGGGCCAGCUCUGAUAUCAUUUUAUCUUGGUCAUCAGAAUUGCCAGAAGCUAUAGAAUUCAAUAUUAAGAUGCCAGCAAAGGAACAAUACGCCGAAGCAUUCAGAAAGACUCAGAAGUAUCUACACCGGGGCGAUAGUUAUGAGGUCUGCAUCACCACGCAGACAAAAGUAACCCCCAGUCAUCGCAUCCAACCGUGGAAGAUUUUUCAGACGUUAGUUCAGAAAAAUCCAGCCCCAUUCUCAAGUUUCUUGGAGUUCUCAGACAUUAUUCCCACGUACAGUGAUCUGACGUUGAUUUCUGGUUCUCCGGAGAGAUUUCUCAAAUGGAGCCAAGACAAUUGUGAACUAAGACCAAUCAAGGGUACUGUAAAGAAAGAUCCUGGCGUUAGUGUUGAAGAGGCCACAAAGAUUCUGAAGACCCCCAAGGAGUUUGGCGAAAAUCUAAUGAUAUUAGACUUGAUUCGUAAUGAUAUGUACGAACUCCUACCUAAAGUUAGUGCAAAGGAAAUCAUGCUGGUUGAGGAAUAUGAAACCGUCUUCCAAUUGGUUAGUGUAGUCAAAGCUGAAGGCAUUAAAGAUUCCAUAUAUACGGGUCUCGACAUCCUAAAACACUCGCUCCCGCCUGGUUCCAUGACUGGUGCUCCAAAGAAGAUCACUGUUGGCUUACUGCAAAAAGAUAUUGAAGAUAAAUUGAACGAACACCUACCCCAGGUCCGCGGAUUACGAGGUGCGUAUUCAGGAGUUACAGGAUACCUCAGUGUCAAUGGCAAUGCAGACUGGAGCGUCAACAUCAGAUGCAUGUAUUCCUAUGAUAAUGCUACCAAUUGGUACAUUGGUGCUGGUGGUGCCAUCACUGUCUUGAGCACCCUAGAGGGCGAGUGGGAAGAAAUGCAUACCAAGCUCAAUACUGCACUGCAGCUCUUCUCCAAUAAAUGA